AUGCCUGUUAUUGCUGCGGGUGUGGUGAAUAAACAGGGCCAUAUUAUUCUCUCACGAAAUUUUAAUGAAAUCUCACGUAUUCGCAUUGAAGGACUUCUCUCUGCCUUUCCAAGGCUUCUUGAGUCAUCUGUUAACAAACAAGUAACGUACAUUGAUGCUGGUGCUGUGCGAUAUGUAUACCAGCCAUUAGAGGAACUCUUCCUUGUACUUAUCACAACUAAGAGCAGUAAUAUUGUUGAGGAUUUAGCCACAUUACAUCUCAUGGGUCGACUUAUUCCUGAAUAUGUGGAAACGGUAACGGAGGCAACAUUGGAGGCGAAAGCCUUUCGUGUGUUUUUCGCCCUUGAUGAAGUAAUCGUUGGUGGGAAACGAGAAAAUACAACGGUGGAACAAAUCAAAACCUAUCUGGAGAUGGAAUCUCAUGAAGAAAUGAUGGCACGAGAAGAGAAACGACUGCAAAUGGAACGAGCUAAGAAAGAUGCCUCUCGUAAGGCACAUGAAUUGCGGGAUAAACGCCGUAAAGGUAUGAAUCCAUACAGUGGCAUUGGAUCUAAUGAUCCGGGAUAUGCUGGCUUUGGCAGUACAAGUGGUGGUGCUCCUGUUGUUGGUGGAGUUGGUGGUUUUCAUGAUAACAGCAGCACUUCUCCCUUUGCCCCGCAGGGUAUGGGCCACACCAUCACUACUGCAGCUGCUGGAGGUUUAACAAACACAAACACCACAACUUCACGACCGGCCCGUACAGGUGGAUUGACAUUGGGAAAGGCAAAGAAGGCGGAUAUUACCUCACGUGUAUUGAAAGAAGCCGGACUUCCACCAUCCACACCUGUUGGGACCGCCCCAUCCUCUUCCUCUACAGCCACAGCAGCAGCAACUGGAGCUGGAGGAGCUGUUACUACGACAGGAGGAGUGGGAGGGGCAUUUGUGCCUGAAGGGACUGUGGAGGGAUUACACAUUAUUGUGGAGGAGAAGAUUAGCGCGCAGCUCCAUCGUGAUGGGGAGGGAGGGACAGUGGAUAUCCGCGGUGAGCUCUCCGUCCUGGUGUCGGAUCCACAGUUGGCAAAGGUGAAACUGGUACUGGCUCCUAUGAGUAAUGAGUUCUCUUUCCGUGCACAUGCAAAGGUGAAUAAGGAGAUGUUUGCAGAGGAUCAUGUACUUUCUAUGCGGGAGAAUAAACCAUUUCCAUUACAACAACCUGUAACUAUACUUCGUUGGCGUGUACAAAACAGUAAUGGGAUGCAGGCUCCUAUUACCCUUUCCUGUUGGCCAAGUACAGGAAGUAUUACAAUGGAGUAUGAGUUGGAUAGCGCCAUGGCAGAAUCAUUACAUGAUGUUCGUAUUUCACUUCCACUUUAUGGAGCUGAAGUAGCGGAGAUGGAACCUUCUGUUGGGACAUGCAGUCUUGUGAAUGGAUCUGUUGUAUGGCUUAUUCCACUUGUGGAGACGCACAGUAACAACAGUGGAAAUGUGGAGAUUUCUCUCAUGGAUGCUGGGGAAGCAGCAGCGGCGGCUUCUGAUAUCUUUUUUCCUGUUGAUGUUUCAUUUACAUCGCGUGUGUCUGUGGCGCAGGUGCGUGUGUGUGAGGCGGUGCAAACAGAGAACGGUACACCUGUGCGAUUCAGUCAAGAGACUCAGGUGACCACAGAAAACUACACUGUUCCGUAA